AUGGUGCAGCAUACAAAGCAUUUGGACAUAUCUAAAAUACUACAAGUGGCUGAAUCGUUGGAGGAAAUUCUGUGUCGCUGUUUUGGUCCAGGAGGAGGACAGGUUCUCUUUAUUAAAUCCACUGGCGAGCUUAUCAUUACCAAAGAUGGAAAAAGCAUACUUGAGUAUCUCUUACUGGAUCACCCUAUUGCAAGAGUAAUUGUCAACUGUGCUUCCAAGCAUUACAGUGUUACCGGAGAUGGAGUGAAAUCAUUUGUUUUACUGCUGUGUGCUUUCCUCAGAGAAAUCCAGAGAACAACUGAAAAAACCAGGACCUAAUUUUAUCUGGGAAUUCGACAUUAAAAGCGAGAUAUAAAAGUAAAUGCCAUGUGUUAAGAAGAAUAAGCAAUAUGCUAUUGAUUUUCCAGAGCACAGUGCUAGAGCCCAUUAUAAAAAAGUGCCUAAGACCACACUUUCUUUCCAUGUACACAAACAUGAAAGGAAAUGUUACAUUGUGCAGAGCAUCUCUGCAGCAAACACUGGAUACAUACUUUUCUGGAAGAAAUUUGUGUAACAACCAGGGGAUUCUUAGUAGACUGGCCUGUGAUUAUCUGUUUAAAUGUUUAUUUUGUGUUGAUGACAUUCUGGAAGUAGUCGGCUUUGUGGACAGAUGCUUCUCUGAGCUUCACACACAAGCUCCAGGAUUUCCAGUUGAUAAUUCCAGGAUUCUGCCAGGCCUUGUACUUCAUCGGGAUUUUUUCAGUAUACUGUCCAGCAGAGGGAGACCUACAAGCACUUAUAGUGACAGACCAAAUCCAUCAGUCUCUUUCUGCAUCAGGCAUCGGCUUUGUUGUUUCUUCACAUAUUCAGCUUCAAAUCUCCCAGCAGCAACUGGAGCAAAGGACUGAAAAUAUAAUGAAACAAUUUCAGAAAAAUAAAAUCAAGCUGAUAUUAUCAGUUGUUAAACAACAUGAAAUUGUUUCUUUCUAUGCUAAACUGCAUGGCAUAUCUAUAGUGGAAUGUAUACCAUCAGAAGAGAUCGAUCUGCUUUUCACAGCCACUGGAGCGACUCCUGUGUCUACAGAGCUCAAUGAUCAUCUUCAGAAUAACUCUUUUCUGGUACAGUCUUGUCAGUCAGUUUUAAUUGGUGACAAAAAGUAUGUACAGCUUGUUUUCAGUGGUUCAUUGGCCUUCAAACCACACAGCAUUGUGUUGUAUGGGCCUGUCAGAGGUCUGAGUGAGCAGAUUGCUUCAUCUUUUCAUGGGGCUUUUAAAAUGCUUAAACAGUUAUUCCAGCCAGUAGAUGCCAGUUGGGAACAGCCACUAAAUAAUCCAGACUUUUGUUUACCAAAUAGAAGAGUGUCCCUAGAAGAACAAAGAGUAACUUGUAGCAAUUGCCAGAAUGACUCAGACUGCUGUGACUGCCGUCUGCAAAGAAUGGAUCAAUACACUCAUAUGCACUGCACACACAGUGUACCAGGAGACAUUUCAGAACAGACAUUACAAGAACCGACAUAUAGCUUAAGAACAUGUUCCCAGUUCUGUACAGGUAUUCAUACAUGUUUACAUCAGCUGGAACAAAGCCUUCAGGAAGCAGUGGAAGCAGAACCUGCAAGAUGUUUAGUGAUUCUUAAAUCAAGAUCAAAAUUACCUGUAGAUGUCACAUCACAUAAACAGGUUAUAUCUACAAAUAGGUAUACAAAUAUCGGACUAGUAUUACCAAGUGGGGGACUGUUUGAAAUUUUAUUGAGUCAUCAUCUCCACAAUUUUGCCAAAACGUGCCAGGAGGCAGAGCUUGCAAUGAUUUGUACUACUUUUGGAGAAGCCCUCUUAAGUAUUCCCAAACACAUCUACAAAGCUAAGAAGGAAAGUUUUCCACUUGUAUAUAAACACUGUCUUGAUGCAUUAAAAAAGAAAGAGACAAUAGACGUAACCCAGACAGGUCUUGAAUCAGUGUCUUGCAAAUACCAAUUGAUGGCUUCAGUGCUCCAGUGCAUUACUAAGCUUGUGACAAUAGAUUUAAUAAUUGGUAUCAAGAAAGUACCUCAGAGUGUUUCCAGUGAACAAACAAAUGAGGAUAUAUGCCUUCUUACAUGCUAA